CACCAACCAACGCAACCUAAUCUGGCUUCUUCCACGUUUCCAGCACGACUCCUCCUCUACAACGUCGCCGACACUCGAUCAAACACCGCAAUAAUGACGGUCAACAUCGGUUCCAACGCUGAGUGGCAGAGCAUCCUUUCCGGCACCAAUGUGGUCAUCGCAGAUUUCUACGCCGACUGGUGCGGCCCCUGCAAGAUGAUCGCCCCGCACUUCGAGAAGCUCGCAAACGAACACUCGCGCCCCAAGAAGGUUGCCUUUGUCAAGGUCAAUGUCGAUACGCAGUCCACUAUCUCCCGCGCCCAGAGCGUCUCCGCCAUGCCGACCUUUAAGAUCUUCCACAACGGUACCUGUGUCGAGACCAUCAAGGGUGCCAACCCGCCUGCCCUGACACAGGCCAUCAUGAACGCCAUCAAGCUUGGCGACUCAGGCAAGGCAGGUGGAGGUGCUGUCUUCGAGAAACCCGGCCGGAAGCUCGGUGGCGAGGGUCUCCCGAGAGCUGCCCCGUCACGCGCUCGUGCCGUGACCUCCUCGGCAUCAUGGAGCCUCGGCCGGCUGUUCAAUGCGAUGAUAGUCUUUGUGGGACUCUACUUGGUGUCUCUAUUUUCGUUCGAUCCCUACAAGGCGGCAGAGAAGUCGAUGUUCAACACCCACAAACCAGUACAACCGACCACGAGCGCAAAAGCUGGACCUGGUGGCAUCCGGAAUGCCUGUCCGGGGCGUAAUUUGUCUACUUCAUUAAUUACUGCUCGUUUUUCCACCUUCAAUCCUCUCUUGGCUCGAUCGCAAGCCUUUUCUCCCACCCGUUUCGUCCAAGCCAAUAGGAGCCCGGCAAUUACACAAACCUUUUCGACAUCGAGAUGCUUGCGACAGGAAGUCACCGCCACCUCGGCCGCCCCGAAGCAAUCGCCAGAGGAAAUCGAACACGUUGUGCGAGAGGCUAAGCAACGCUUUCGAGAUACCCUCCCGAAAGGUUACUUGAAUGAGGAGGAAUACGCCCUGUACGAGCGACUGUAUGGACCACCUUUACGAGAGACCCUGCCUGAAGAUGUUGGCAUCGACACCCAUUCCGACAUGGGGCCGCAACCACCCCGAUCAGAUACUGAAGGGACUAUAAUCCGGGAACUUGAGGACGGCGAGUUUGAAGAAAUUGCGUAUCAGAUCCCCCGCGCAGAGGGAGAGGAAGCCAACAACGAGGCCCCGGAAGAGCAGCUCGAAGAACCAGGGUCGGAAUACUUGGCUCAUCGAGCUCCCGGAUAUGUCGACUUGGUCGCAAGAAGCCAGCGAGAAUACGAUGCGAUGCAGAGACUUGCCCAAGACUUCGAGGUCAGCCAGAAGAAGCAACGAGAGGCCGAGAACAAGGCCGCCGCAAAGGAGGAGGAAGAGCAGGAACGUCAGAUGGAUGAGGCCAGGACUUGGCCAGAGGAGGAAGAGUACAGCCAAAGGGAAUUGGCCGAUAUUCGCCGGUUCCAUCCUCUCUCGGUCGAGGGUCGCUUCUACGAUGAUUUGGUCGAGCUUGUUCUCCCUCGAGAUCAGCUGAUCAGCCCCAUUCGCGAGCUUCUAGACAGAACCCACCUUGACCAUGUCAAAAAGGCGGCCGAAGUAGCCUUUGGCGGCGCGGGUCUACCCAAUUCGCCGGCGACUCCGUCAUGGAACAAGACUGGUCCAAUGCAGGGAGUUGGUCUACCAGCAGACCAGCGGCACAUGACUGAGAUUGAGGCGGAUGCUUUCAUCGCGGGAUCCAUGCCCCCAUCAUAUGCCUCCUCCAUGUCCAUCUUGAAGGAGGUGCGGAAGCGGGUUGGAACUGAGUGGUUACAGUCAAAGUUGAAGUCCGGCGGACUCCAUGUUCUGGACGCUGGAUCUGGUGGCGCGAGUUUGGUUGCCUGGGAUGAGAUUAUUCGAGCGGAGUGGGAUCUGUUGAAGGAUAAGGGAGAGGCUCGUGCUCUAGACCCUCCCGGCAAGAAGACUGUUGUGGUGGGAUCAGACCGGUUACGGCAUCGUGUCAAGACGUUUCUGGAAAACACGACGUUCCUGCCGAGACUGCCUGACUAUGAGCACUCUGGAGAGAUGCGCGGUGGGCAUCUUGAUGCUGGAGACAAGCCGCAGCCACGGAAGAGCUAUGACGUCAUCAUUGCAUCGCACCUUUUCCUUGGACAGGAACAGGACCAUUACCGACAAGCAGUCCUCAACAACCUCUGGAGUCUGCUAAAUAAAGACGGCGGAAUUCUGAUUGUUGUAGAAAAGGCCCAUCCCCGAGGCUUCGAGGCCGUGGCCCACGUCCGAGACACCGUGCUCAAGCAAUUCCUCCAGCCGCAAUCAGGGGAGCCGGACAACCUUCCAGAGAACCCCAACCCGGCGUUCCAACGCGAGCGAGAGCCUGGCCAUAUCGUCGCACCUUGCACCAACCAAGGCGUUUGCCCGAUGUAUCAAAUCCCUGGGAAGAGCCGUGGUCGCAAGGACUUUUGCUCCUUCAACCAGCGAUUUGUCCGCCCUAACUUCUACAGCCGAGUCCUCGGUUCGGGCCAGCACAACCAAGGCGACGUGGACUUUAGCUACGUAGCCAUUCGCCGAGGAGUUUCAAAGAAGAGCCCGUUGACGGGUAAGGAGGCCACACUCGCAGCAUUCAAGGGCUUCCAGAAUACAGAGGAGAAGGUGGAUAUGGGGACCCUCCCACGAACGGUUAUGCGCCCUCUGAAGCGCAAGGGACAUGUCACACUUGAUCUAUGCACACCGGAGGGAAGACUUGAGCGGUGGACAGUACCAAAGAGUUUCAGCAAGCUCGCGUACCACGAUGCCCGCAAGGCGAGAUGGGGAGACCUGUGGGCUUUGGGUGCUAAGACGCGAGUAGCACGGGAAGCUCGUGCUGGUCGAGGACCCGACGACGGCGGAAAGCGAGCCGGACAGGGAGCAAAGCCGCGUAGAGUGGAGAUCACCAUGGGACCUGGCGGAAUCAGUGCUGGUGAGAAGAAUGCGCCCCGGGAGAGGCGAGCAAACAACAGGAAGAACAGGAAACAGGACCUGAUCAAGGAGUUGAUGGAGGCCGAAGAGGAAGAGGAGCGUAUGAUUGGCAAGCAGAUGGACGAAGAGGUUGAGGCUGAACUCGACCGGGAGGACAGGAAACGAGGGCGAUCAUGAGUUGUAUUACGAAACGAAAUGUAAAAUACUAGACUGUACAAAAGCGACGGCAAGGAUGCCGAGGUAUGGAUGUACUGGAAUGGUAACGUGGUAACGUGGAAGGGCGUUUACGUUGGAAACGUGGUAGACGAUAUUUAAUAGAUCUCAACACCAUCAAGCAUCAAA